AUGCAGGAGAUUGAGGACGGGGAAGACGACGGCAGCUUCAUGGCACAUGCCAUCCUCCACAACCACAACAUUGCUGUGAUGGAGCGAAAGCGGCAGCUCUACUGCGCGUGCUGUCGGGACUUUAUCUACCCUGAUGCAGCCGUAGAAGGCGGCAGUCGACGACGCAAGCGCCAGCUGCGGGGUGUUGCUACUCCUCACAAGCUGCUGCGACGAGGACUGGUGAACAUGGGGAACACGUGCUUCAUGAGCUCGGUGCUGCAGGCGUUGGCGCACAACCCCAUGCUGCAGCACUACUUUUUCGUGGCGAGGAGUCAUGACACGACCAUCUGCCAGCAGCAGAGACAGCGAAUGUUGCAAAAGAAGCACGAGCAACUCAAAGCGGAGAAGCAGAAAGAGCAGGGUGAAAACGACGAGGGUGACGAAGAUGGCGACAGACAGAACGACACCAAGCGCGGCCCAGAUCCUGCGAUCACGGUGUGUAACACGCUGACCGCGUCUCCCAUUGCACCACAAGGGAUACUGGAGGCGAUGUGGAGUGCGUUCCCGUCUUUCAUCGGUACGGCUCAGCAUGAUGCACAUGAGCUGUUGAUUGCGCUGCUGGGUGGACUGCACUCGCAUACGCACCCUCGCGUGUUCGUUCACGGCGGUGCCUCACCAAGAUUCACCCCACGUGGACACAGUGAGUGCGACUGUGCUGUGCACCAGCAUUUCUCUGGUGCAUUACGCUCUGAACUGGCGUGUGGGGGCUGUGGCUCAGCUUCACACAAGUUCGAUCCGUUCCUGGACUCACUUUUGCGUCAAUUCGCUGCCGAGGAGGAACUAAGCGGGGUGAAUCAAGUGUACUGCCCGCGGUGUUCGAAGUACCAGACCAACUACAAGAGCCUGAAUUUGCACACACUGCCCAAUGUGCUGGUGUUCCACAUUCGUCGUCUCGACUUCUACCGUCAGCAGAAGCUCACGCAGAUCGUUCAGUUUCCCCUGGUAGGCCUUAACAUGAGACCAUUUACCGAAAACGUCUAUGACCUCGUCGCCGUUGUGAAUCACCACGGGGAGUCGGUGAACGGCGGUCAUUACACGUCCUAUGUGCGAGACGAAGUUCCCAACGCUCGAGAUCCCAACUCCAAGCAGCAGCAGUGGAUUCUUUUUGACGACAUCGACCGUACAUACCUCCUCUACUACGUCCGUCGGAACCCGUUCAUCGCCGUUGCUGCAUGA